GCUUCCUAUCACCCUCCUCAAUCGGACACAUUCAAUCCAACAUGUCUCUCACAUACGCCCUGGUAGAUGUCUUCACCACCACCCGGUUCCAGGGCAACCCGCUCGCCAUCGUGCGCGUGCCCGCGCAGCAGCGCGACACCCUGAGCCAAGAGACCAAGCAAAAGAUCGCCACCGAGUUCAACCUCUCCGAGACGGUCUUCCUGCAUGAAUCCGCCUCCGACUCCCCCACCGACCUGCACAUCGACAUCUUCACCCCAAAAUGCGAGAUCCCCUUCGCGGGUCACCCGACCAUCGGCACCGCAUGCUACGUGCUCCAGCAACAGGCCUCCGCCACCGGGACCCGCAGCCUCCAGCAACUCACCACGAAAGCGGGGGCCAUCCCCGUCACCGCAGCCGACGAGCUGGUGGGCGCCUCCAUCCCGUUCGCCUACCACCAGCACCAGCAAGCCGUGCAAUCCGCGCCCGUCAUCUCCAUCGUCAACGGGCUGUCGUUUGCGCUCCACCAGCUCCCCGAUCUAGAGUCCCUAGCCGCCGUGACCGAAGCGCUGCUGCCGGACUGCUUCACCACGGCGCAUUUAGACGCGGGGUGGGAUUCCGGCCCCACCGGGAGCAAGUACUAUGUCGAUCUGGGGCGGGAUGCGAGCGGGGGUCGCACGCUGCGCACGCGCAUGUUCAUCGGCUGGGAGGACCCCGGCACGGGCAGUGCCUCUAGCGCCCUGGCGGCGUAUCUUGCGCUGCAGGAGCCGAGUGAGGAGGGGGCCGGGCCCUUUGACUACCACAUCGUUCAGGGCGUCGAGAUGGGCCGCCGGAAUGAUAUCUCUGUUACCGUGGAGCGGGACCCCGCGGGGGAGAAGAUCGCUAAAAUUCUACUGCGGGGGACGGCGGUUCAGGUGGGCGAGGGGCGGCUUAUGUUGUGACCGCAGGGAAUCGCGGGAUUGUAGCGAGGUGGAUGUGGUGGAAAAUACGGAGCUGCAUGCAUUUCUUUUAUGGUGAAGGGGCUUACGAUUAAGCCAAAUGAAACAACAGUAAAUACAUCUUUAUUGCGCGGACGGCGGAUCUGAUUGAACCUCAGGUAUUCUCUGACCUGCUGGUAGAUCCACUUCAGUUUAUGGCUG